AUGGAUUCCUCUAUAUUAUCAAUUAUUAUCACAUUACUACUAGGUGUUUUCAUAUUGAAAUGGUUCCUUCAAACAGAUGCACAUCCUUCAACGGAUAGAAUGAAUACAUCUCAAGUUAGAGGAAGAGGGUCAACUGGUCAAAGGGCUAGAACUUCUGGUGGUAGACGUGGUGGACAUACAGUGACUCCAGAUAUGAUACAAUCAGUACAAAAUGUUGCGCCUGCCAUGGACAUUGAACAAAUCAGAUACGCUUUGCAACAAUCGGGAUCAGUAGAAAUAACUGUGGAGAGAUACCUUAGAGGUGAAGCUUUCCCAUUCCCACCAGAUUAUACACCACCCGUUAUUCCUAAUGGAAGUCGUUCUUCAAGAGAUGAAACAAGUAGCGAUCCAAGAAAGAGAAGUAAUAUUAAGAGCGAUAAUUUAUUGACAAAAUUUAAGAUUGAUAUUAAUGAUCCGAAUUGCGAUAAUGAAUUUGAAUCUGUAGAAUUUUCAGAUUUAGAUAUGGAUCAACGAAGAAGAUAUAUGGUAUGGGAUGCAAGAAGAAAGAUGGAAGCUCGUUUAGCUACAGAUCCAGAAUUGAAAUCAUUAUUAAAUAAAUCACCUAUGUAA